UGGCGCAAAUACGCCGAAGUGACUGAAGUGAACGCCUAUUACUUCCCACAGGAGAACGCAAUGGUUAUUCCCGCCGGUAUUCUUCAGGGCAUCUUCUAUAACAAGAAUAGACCCAAUUACUUAAACUACGGAACCAUUGGUGAAGUGGCCGGUCAUGAGCUCACCCAUGGAUUUGAUGACACGGGCAGACAGUUUGACCUGAAAGGACAGGUAAACAACUGGUGGGAUGACGUGACCGACGAGAAAUUUAAGUUGAAAUCGCAGUGCAUUAUCGAUCAGUACAGCAACUAUACGGUCGACACGAUUGGCAUGAAUUUGAACGGAAUUAAUACUCAGGGAGAGAAUGUGGCGGACAAUGGGGGCAUCAAACAGGCCUUUCGGGCCUAUCAGACAUACGUGCGGAACAACGGCGCCGAAGACCUACUGCCGGGCCUUAAAUAUACGGCCGAACAGCUCUUUUGGAUCAGUUAUGGCAUACAGUCGUGCAGUAAAGAGAGUGCGGAGUACUUGAAGCUAAUGAUUGAAACCGAUUCUCACAGUCCCAGUAAAUACAGGAUAAUAGGAGUGCUCUCUAAUUCACCGCAAUUCUCCAAUUCAUUCAACUGUCCGAUCGGUUCAGCCAUGAAUCCAAUCAAUAAGUGCACCGUUUGGUAG